UAUCGAACAAGAUUCAUCUUCCCGUGACAACCGCCCAAAAAAAGUCGUUGGGAGUAUUCUAUAUAAUGUAGUUUUAUAUACAUACUACAACUCCCACGUCUCUUCCUCUUAUUCAUCAACAUUCUCUUCUAUACAAUACACCACCAAAGUUUUGACUUUCUUUAUUGUCUCUUUUUCCGUCCAACACAAGAAUCAAGAAUGGCUAAAGGCUCUUCCCAGUCCCAACAAUCAACCUCCACCGCCUCCUCAGCCUCUCGUCCCGGUCUGGCUGCUCCUCGUGGAUCCGCCGCCGCUACGGCUGGCAUGCGUCGUCGCAAGCUCGGUGGCGGUGGAGGUGCAUCAUCAGGAGGGGGAGGAUCCGGUGCAGGAGGAGGAUCCAACAACAUGCUGAGAUUCUACACGGAUGAAGCUCCUGGUUUGAAGAUAUCACCGACGGUUGUUCUCAUUAUGAGCCUCUGUUUCAUUGGGUUUGUCACCGCUCUUCACGUCUUUGGAAAGCUUUACCUUCACAAAUCUGGAUCCAAAGCUUAGGAUCUUGUCAUCUUCAUCAUCUUCUCUCCACCGUAUGUCGCUGAGUUUUUCUUUUUCUUUUUGUAUGUCUUUUGUUUCCUUUUUGUUCGAACUUGAUCUUGGUCUUAAUCUUGAUCUUGAUCCAUGUAACUCUUUAAACGUUGAAUAAAACAUGUUAGUUUUUUUGUGUGGAAA